UGUAAGGGCGACAGUUUGGUGAGAGACUUCAGAGAAAGAGGAGGCUCCUGCGCGCGCACUGAAAACAACUCGCGAGCAUCCUCGCGCAAGCGACGCUCAGAAGAAAACCGACUGGUUUAUUUCUCUUCACUUUUGCGUCACUUUUUGGACUCACAAAGAUUUAAUUUUUCCUUAGUAGUGGCCGUUUUGACAGUUCGAACCAAUGGCAUGCCAAUUUCCUUAAGCAAGUCAGUCAGCCGCUGUUUUUGUCGUUUUUUCCCCCUGAGGAACAGCUGUUCCUCAAAACCGGGAGUUCUCAAGAUGGACUUGAGACCGUUUUUGCUUGGUCUGCUAUUAGUCCUACUAGUUUUGUCCUCAGCCCAAGACACAAAUGAAGAAAUCCCGGAGGGAGCGUCAACCUUAGCGUUUGUCUUUGAUGUCACCGGCUCCAUGUACGAUGAUUUAGUGCAAGUGAUUGAAGGAGCAUCGAAGAUUUUGGAGACGUCCCUCAGCAGACCCAAGAGACCACUGUACAACUUUGCCUUGGUUCCUUUUCACGACCCAGAGAUUGGACCUAUUACAAUAACAACAGAUCCAAAGAAGUUCCAGUAUGAGCUAAGGGAGCUUUAUGUCCAGGGAGGUGGAGACUGUCCAGAGAUGAGCAUUGGAGCCAUCAAGAUCGCCCUUGAAAUCUCUUUACCAGGGUCGUACAUUUAUGUGUUUACUGAUGCCCGAUCAAAAGACUACAGGUUGACCCAUGAGGUUCUCCAGCUCAUUCAGCAGAAACAAUCACAGGUGGUAUUUGUGCUUACUGGUGACUGUGAUGACAGAUCUCAUAUUGGGUAUAAGGUGUAUGAAGAGAUCGCCUCAACCAGUUCAGGACAGGUCUUUCAUCUGGACAAAAAGCAAGUCAACGAGGUAUUGAAAUGGGUGGAGGAGGCAGUGCAGUCCUCUAAAGUUCACUUGCUCUCCACUGAUCACCAAGAUGGGCUUGCUAACAGCUGGCAGAUCCCCUUUGACCCCAGCCUGAAGGAAGUCACUGUUGCCUUAAGUGGCCCUGCGCCGAACAUUGAGAUACGAAAUUCUCUGGGAAAACUCAUUGGGAUUAAAGAAGGCCUGUCUGAGCUCCUUCACAUCCCCAACUCUGCCAAAGUCCUCAACCUCAAAGAUCCAGCACCAGGAAUGUGGACCAUAAAGACAUCCAGUGAGGGCAGACACUCGGUCCGUAUAUCCGGUCUUAGCACCAUCGAUUUCCGAGCAGGCUUUUCCAGGAAACACACACUGGACUUCAAAAUGACAUCGAGCAGGCCGGUUCAAGGAAUACCCACUUUUAUCCUGCUGAACACCACUGGACUUUCCCUUCCUGCUCGUGCGGACCGCCUGGAGCUCCUGAGCAUCACUGGCAAUGUAAUGAAAACGCUGCCUAUUCGUUACUACCCUGAACGACGCCCCUACGGCAUUUGGAACAUCACUGAGUUUGUCCCACCCAAAGAGGCCUUCUUCCUACGAGUAACCGGUUACGACCGCGAUGGCUUUGUCUUUCAGAGAGUGUCUAGUGUUUCCUACUCCAGCAUUGUACCAGAUGCACCUAAGGUGAGCAUGCCCACUCAUACCCCUGGUUACUACCUUCAGAAGGGGGCUAUUAACUGCUAUGUGGACAGCCUGAUCCCCUAUACCUUACGUUUUACCAGAGAAGGAUUACGAUUGGGUGUGGACCAGCUCUUCAGGGAGUCCACUAAUGCAUCGUGGGAGAUUGCUGAGGUGACCCUGAAGGACGAGGGCUUUUAUGAGUGCAUCGCCAUCAGCACUGCUGGAACUGGACGGGCUCAAACCUUCCUUGAUGUAUCUGAGCCUCCUCCAGGCAUUACAGUGCCUUAUAACGUAACAUCAUCCCCUGGUGCAAACGUGGUCCUGACGUGUCUUGUCGCCAGCACAGUUAGCUUUAACCUGACCUGGCAACGUGGAAACGUGAAUGCCAGAUUGGACAAUCGCAUGCGUGUUACCACCAACCUGUCCUUGGAAAUCCUACGUGUCAAACCUGAUGAUGCCGGCUGGUACACCUGUAUCGCAGCCAAUGAGGGUGGAGUUUCUUCCUCUCAUGUCUACCUCAGUGUGCAAGAACCGCCAGUAGUUACGGUGGACCCGCGGAAUCAAACGUUCCGCACCGGUCAGGAAGUUUGGAUCAGAUGUUCAGCCAAAGGCUACCCCUCACCCAUGAUAGUGUGGACACACAAUGACAUUUUCAUCAUGGGCUCCAGCAGACACAGGAUGACUCCCGAUGGUACACUGGUCAUUAGAAACAUGGGGGUGAAGGAUGCAGGGACGUAUGGCUGUUUGGCCAGUAAUGUGGCAGGAACUGACACGCAAACGGCUAUCGUCAGCUACAUCGAGUCUCCACAGGUGACGGUCCCUCACACUGAGCUGGUGAUCGGUUUGGGACAGACAGUCGUAAUGGAGUGCAGGGUCACGGGAGUACCACACCCUGACGUCAUUUGGUACAAAGGUGAUGUGCAGCUGAGGCCAUCUGCAUUUUUUAGCAUGGACCCUCAACGUGGCACUUUGAGUGUUCAGCAGACUCAGGACAAGCAUGCAGGACAAUACACAUGUGUGGCUGUAAACUCAGCUGGCUCUGCACAGGGCUACAUCACGCUGGAUGUGGGCUCUGCCCCUCAGUUCACACGAAAGCCGUCUGACCUGUCUGCUGAUAUCGGCGCAAACAUCACCCUACCGUGUCAUGCCCAGGGUCACCCAGAACCUCAGCUGUCCUGGAGACGAGAGGACAAUGUCCCAUUAUUCUCUCAGCACCGCGGGCACAGCAGUGUCACUCAAAAAAUUGAUGGCCACCUUUUCAUAACUAACCUUUGGGUAGAAGAUGAGGGCACCUAUGUGUGUGAAGCUCAAAACCAGUUUGGAAAAAUCCAGACCAAAGCCAAAAUCACUGUAACUGGACUGGUUUCUCCUAUGAUAGCUCUUAGUCCAGCAGUGGUCAGUGUGAUAGAGGACCAACAAGUUACUCUGCCCUGUGUGGUACUGGCUGGAAAUCCUCUGCCUGAGAGACACUGGCUACAUGACAAUGGCUUGGUUACAUCAAGUCCGUACGUGACCGUGAGACGUGAUGGUAGUCUACAUAUAGAACGGGUCAGUCAGCAGGACAAGGGGCAAUACACCUGUUUGGCCGAAAAUGUGGUGGGGUCUAGCAAUCGCACCACUAUACUUCACGUGUACGUGAUGCCCACUAUUCAACAUGGCCCUCAAAUCUUCAGUACCAUUGAAGGAACACCUAUUUCUCUGCCAUGUCGUGCACAUGGAGUCCCCAAACCGGACAUUAAAUGGUCCAAGAGAGGGGAAUUGCUGGAUCUUAGUGGCAGUUCUUUUUCUCUGGGUGAGGAUGGCAGUCUUUACAUUGUCUCUCCCAGCGGUGAGGAGUCUGGCGAGUUUGUGUGCACAGCCACCAAUGCUGCUGGAUACAGCUCCAGAAAGGUCCAGCUGACUGUGUAUGUGAGGCCCAGACCAAGCAGUGGUGGUGGAGCAGGGAUACAGGGUCAUUCAGAUGAGUUGUUGGAGAUGUCUGUAACAGUGGGUGAUGACGUCACACUGCCAUGUGAGGUGGAUAGUGUUCCUCCUCCCAUCAUCUCGUGGGCUAAAGACAAGCAGCUAAUUUCUCCUUUCUCUCCCAGACACAUUCGGCUGCCGUCAGGCUCUCUGACGAUCACAGAAACGCGAGUGACAGACAGCGGCAUGUAUGUCUGUGUGGCUACAAACAUAGCAGGAAACUUCACUCAGACAGUCAAACUUAACGUGCUGGUUCCUCCCAGCAUCCAAGCAGGUCCUCGAAUCAUAAAGGUUCAGGUGGGCCAUCCUAUUGAACUGCCCUGUGUUGCACAUGGAGUCCCAGAACCCUCUGUUUCCUGGCUAAAGGGUGGCACUGCUCUGCCGGAUGGAUCUGACUACAGGAUCUCAGGUGGAUCACUGAUCUUGAACCAGGUGGGGCUUAUUGAUGAGGGAACUUAUACCUGUGUGGCCACCAACAUUGCUGGACAAGAUGAGACCAAUAUUCAGCUCCAGGUGCAAGUCCCUCCUGUGGUGGAGGUUUCUGAGCCGCCUUUCAACAGCCCCUUACAGGAGAGAGUGGCUAACCAGCAGAUCGCCUUUCCUUGCCAUGCCAAAGGCACUCCUGAGCCAGUAAUAAAGUGGUUUAGGAACGGUCAGGAGUUGACAGGAAAUGAGCCAGGUGUCACUAUUAUGGAGGAUGGCACACUCCUUAUUCUGGCCUCCAUCUCACCCCUGGAUAAUGGCGAGUACACCUGCAUGGCUGUCAAUGAUGCCGGUACAACUGAGAAGAAAUACCAACUUAAAGUCAAUGUCCCGCCUGAUAUUCGAGACAGUGGUCUGCCGUUCAACGUCUCUGUAGCAAUGAAUCAGCCGACUAACCUUGUGUGUGAUGUCACAGGCACACCUGUACCUGUCAUCACCUGGUACAAAGAUGGAGUUGUGGUGGCUUCUAGCAGCAAUGUGCAGAUUCUGCAGAAGGGAAAAACUUUGAGGCUGCUUAAAGUGGCUGUUUCAGAUGCUGGCCGCUAUACUUGCAAGGCCAUCAACAUUGCGGGAAGCACAGAGAAAGACUUUUACUUGGAUGUUUUGGUUCCACCUACAAUCAUCGGGACAGGGUCACGUGACGUGUCUGCUAUACUUAAUCAGGAGGUCAUUCUGGAAUGCAGGGCCAAAGGUGAUCCCUUUCCCACAAUUAAUUGGUACAAGGACAGGAAGCCCGUGUUUUUGGGUGACCCCAAUAUUGAAGUUUCGAAUAGAGGACAGCAGUUGAAGAUCAAAAGUGCUCGUUUAGGUGAUCAGGCACGAUACCAAUGUAGCGCCACCAACUCGGCCGGAAAGCAGUCCAAGGAAUUUAACCUCAGUGUCUUUGUGCCGCCCAGUAUUAAGGGAGGAAAUGUGUCUUCCGAGCUGACAGUUCUGCUGGGUAACACAGUGACUAUGGAGUGUGAAGUACGAGGUGUGCCCCUCCCUGCCAUCACAUGGUACAAAAAUGGUGAGACAAUUCUGUCCAGCAGACAGGCCCAGUAUGUGGAGCGUGGACAGGUCCUAAAGAUCUCCAGAGCUCAGGUAUCUGAUGCUGGACAGUACACCUGUAAGGUCACCAGUGUAGCCGGCACAGCUGAGAAGGUUUACGAACUGGAUGUCUAUGUUCCCCCCUCCAUCACUGGAGGUUCGGACAGUCCCACAGACACAAAGGUUGUGCUCAGUAAAUCUCUGACAUUGGAGUGUAAGGCUACAGGUCACCCACCCCCCUCACUGACCUGGCUGAAGGAUGGUUCUCCAGUGACAGCGAGAGAGAACCUGCGGGUUCUAGAGCAGGGGCGAAAAAUCGAGAUCCUCAGUGCUCUUCCGUCCGAUGCUGGUCGAUAUGUUUGCAUGGCAACCAGCGUUGCAGGAGAGAAGGAUAUCAAAUAUGACGUCAGCGUAUUAGUUCCUCCUGUUGUCGAUGGGGCAAGCGACACCACGGACACCACAGUCAUUAUAAACAAUAUUCUAGAGCUGGAGUGUCACGCUACAGGCACCCCUACACCAACCAUUACGUGGCUGAAAGAUGGCGUGCCGGUCAGACAGGGUGAGGGGGUGCGGAUCGCAUCUAAUGGACGGCGGUUGGUCGUUUCACGGGCUCAGUUGUCUGAUACAGCUGUAUUUCACUGUGUAGCGACCAAUGAUGCUGGAGAACAAGAAAGACAGUUUAAAGUAUCUGUUUAUGUCCCCCCUACAAUUCGUUCUUCUGGACUAUCUGAGAGGUCCGUGGUUCUCCAUGCACCCAUCAGUCUGCAGUGUGUUGCCAGUGGAGUUCCUCCUCCCAGCAUCACUUGGCUCAAAGAUGGCCGUCCUGUGGACACAACAGAAGAAUUUCUAAAGCUGGAAUCAGCAGGCAGGGUGUUGCACAUCAAAAAGACCAGAUUGGAGGAUGCUGGGAAAUAUACAUGUGUGGCAACUAAUGCAGCAGGCGAGGCACAGCAGCACAUUCGCCUCAAUGUGCACGAACCACCCAGCAUUCAACAUGCAGGAGAGAUCCUAAAUGAAACCAUCCUUGCUGGAUUUCAAAUUCAACUGAAGUGUAAAGCAACAGGAAGUCCUCUGCCAGCUGUCACAUGGUAUAAGGACGGUCGUCCGUUGACCAGCGCUGCAGGGGUUAACAUUUUGAGUAGAGGUCAGGUGCUGGAGAUCGACCAUGCACAGGUAUCAGACGCUGGACUCUACAAGUGUGUGGCCAUCAAUGUGGCCGGCAGCGUUGAUUUCACACACAGCCUGCAGGUGUAUGUCCCUCCCUCUAUUGCUAGUAAAGGAGGAAUGAUAACAGUAGUGGUAAAUGACCCAAUCAGAUUGGAGUGUGAAGCCUCAGGACUUCCUACUCCCAGUCUCACCUGGCUCAAAGACGGCAGCCCUGUCUCCAGCUUCACAGAUGGCAUCCAGAUAUUGUCAGGUGGCAGAAUUUUGUCGUUUAUUAGCGCACAGGUGAGUGACACCGGUCACUACACCUGUGUAGCUGUGAAUGCAGGCGGUGAACAGCAACGAGAAUAUGAGCUCCUUGUGUAUGUGCCGCCCAACAUCAUGGGUGAGGAGGUAAACAACACGGUUCUGAUUGGUCAAACAGUGCAGCUGCAUUGUCAAAGCGAUGCCAUCCCUCCACCUGUGCUAAGUUGGAAGAAAGAUGGACGCCCGCUCUAUAGAAAGCCAGGACUCAGUCUUUCAGAGAAUUCAAGUCUUCUGAAGAUUGACAAUGCUCAGGUGCAGGACACAGGCAGAUAUACGUGUGAGGCCACCAAUGUGGCAGGAAAAACGGAAAAAAACUAUAAUCUGAAUGUGUGGGUUCCUCCCAGUAUCCGUGGAUCUGAUGAAGUGUCUCCACUGACUGUGAUUGAGGGAAGCCUUAUCACACUCGUGUGUGAGUCCAGUGGCAUCCCUCCUCCAAGUCUCUCCUGGAAGAAAGACAGCUCAGAGCUGCAGGGUGACUCUCGUGUGCGUAUUCUGUCUGGUGGCCGUCAGCUGCAGAUCUCCAGUGCUGAGAGGACAGAUGCUGCAUCUUACACCUGUUUGGCCUCCAGUGCAGCUGGCAAUGCAAUGAAGGAGUAUAGCCUGCAAGUCUAUGUUCGUCCCUCCAUCAGCUCCUCAGUUCAUGGUCUACAUGAGGAGACGGUAACGCGAGGUGGAGAUGUUACUUUAGAGUGUGAAGCCGAUGGGGUGCCCAGACCUGCCAUUUCAUGGAUGAAGGAUGGCAGACCCCUGACUGGUCGCAGGGCUCAGAUAAUUAAUGAGGGGAGGCUGUUACGGAUUCAGGGCGCUCAGGUGGCUGACACUGGACGAUACACUUGCAUUGCUGUCAAUGUUGCCGGACAGGCUGACAGGAAAUAUGACGUUAAUGUACAUGUUCCUCCCACCAUCAUCGGCCAGACUCAGGUGCCAGAGAAUGUGAGUGUUGUUGUGAAGAACCCAGUUGUUCUGACCUGCGAAGCCUCUGGAAUGCCACCACCAGCCAUCACCUGGCUUAAGGACAGCCAGCCAGUCAACAUGUCUAGCUCAAUUCGUGUCAUUUCAGGUGGACGAGGACUGCGUUUAAUGCAUGCCGCAAGCGAGGAUGCUGGGAGAUACACCUGCAUUGUGUCUAAUUCUGCUGGAGAAGAAAGGAAGAGCUUUGACUUAAACGUCCUGGUACCACCCAGCAUUGUCAAUGAGGGCACAGUGGAGGAUGUGAAGGUGAAGGAGAAACAGAACGUCAUCUUGGCCUGUGAGGUCACUGGAAAUCCAGUGCCAGAAAUCACAUGGCUAAAGGAUGGGCAGACGUUGGCUAGUGAUGCAAGGUUGCAGGUGAUGUCAAAUGGGCGGUUUCUUCAGAUCAGUGGAUCACAGGUGGCCGACACAGGCAGGUAUAGCUGCUUGGCCUCAAACAGUGCUGGAGACCGAAGCAGACACUUCAACCUGAAUGUAUUAGUAUCUCCCACCAUUGCUGGUUCUGAUCCUGAGGGUUCAGCUGAAGAAGUCACUGUAACGCUCAACAGCCCCACCUCUCUCAUUUGUGAAGCUCAAUCAUACCCUCCUGCCAUCAUCACCUGGCUCAAAGAUGGUACACCCUUUGAAUCAAGCCGCAACGUCAGGGUUCUUCCAGGUGGUCGUACUUUACAGAUCCUGAAUGCUAAAGAAGAGGAUGCUGGGAGAUAUACUUGUGUGGCGACUAAUGAAGCUGGAGAGACGCUUAAGAACUACGAAGUCAAAGUUUUUGUCCCUCCAGUUAUCAAUAAAAAUGACAUUCCAGGAGAGGGUCUGUCCCCUAAAGAAGUAAAAAUUAAGGUUAAUAACACCCUUACACUGGAGUGUGAAGCUCAGGCUGUCCCAACACCUAACUUAGUGUGGUAUAAGGAUGGACAGAUACUCAAAGCAGAUGGGCGCAUUACUGUCACGGCUAACGGUCGUAUAGCUCAGAUUAAACACACUCAGGUGUCCGAUACAGGCCGCUACACCUGCCUUGCCACCAACAUCGCCGGAGAGGAUGAGAAGGACUUUGAUGUAAAUAUACAAGUUCCCCCCAGUUUCCGAGGGUCUGGUGACUCUGGUUCUGUCCCUGGUUAUAAUGGAGAUGUGAGGGAUGUGAUUCUUAAUAAUCACAUCUCACUAUACUGUGAGACCAAUGCUGUCCCACCUCCAGUGCUCACCUGGUACAAAGAUGGACACCUGCUGUCCUCCAAUGAUAAAGUACUCAUUCUGCCUGGUGGAAGGGUCCUUCAGAUCCCUCGGGCCCAAGAAGAGGAUUCUGGGAGAUACACCUGUGUAGCUGUGAAUGAGGCUGGAGAAGACUCAAUCCAAUAUGAUGUCAGGGUAUUGGUACCCCCAUCAAUUCGUGGUGCUGAUGGUGACCUGCCCAAGGAAGUUACAGUGCUGGUUAACAAGACCACAUUACUUGAAUGCCAGGUGGAUGGAAACCCUACCCCUAAAAUCAGCUGGAUUAAAGACAGUCAACCCGUCCCUUCAGACAGCACACACAAACUUCUGUCCAAUGGCAGGACACUGCAGAUUUUGAACGCACAGGUGACAGAUACUGGCCGUUAUGUGUGUGUGGCUCAGAACUUAGCUGGAACAGCUGAGAAAUAUUUCAAUCUUCAUGUGCAUGUGACUCCAACCAUUGUGGGUGCCAGAGAAGAGAAUGUGACCGUGGUGGUAAAUAACUUCAUAGCUCUGAGCUGUGAGGCAACUGGACUGCCACCUCCCAUUCUCAGCUGGUUCAAAGACAGAAGACCUGUGCAAGCCGGCGCUAACACACUCAUAAUGCCAGGUGGUCGUACUCUCCAGAUACUGAAGGCAAAGAUGUCUGAUGGUGGGACUUACAGUUGUGCGGCCAUCAACCCAGCAGGAGAAGCCCAAAAACUCAUUUAUCUUACAGUAUAUGUUCCCCCCAGUAUCAGACACAGCGGUGGAGAUGUUCCUGUGGUAUUAAAUGUGCGGGUAGGUAAAUCCAUCACUCUGGAGUGUGAAUCUAAUGCUGUACCUCCUCCCAUCAUCACAUGGUACAAGAACGGACGGACGGUUACUGAAACUGCCAACCUGCGCAUACUGGCUGACGGACAGAUGCUGGAACUAAAAGAGACCGAGUUAUCAGAUACAGGCCAGUAUGUCUGUAAGGCCACAAAUGUAGCAGGUCAAGUGGACAAGAACUUCCAUGUUAACAUCCAUGUUCCCCCCCGACUGGAUGGCCCAGCAGUGGAGCGUGUGACAGAAACCAUCAGUAAUCCUGUCACCUUUGCCUGUGAUGCCAUAGGGAUCCCUCCACCUUCCCUCACCUGGCUAAAGAACGGACGAGUUAUCGAGAAUUCCGAGUCUCUUGAGAUGCACAUUCUGUCUGGGGGCAGUAAGCUGCAGAUUGCCCGCUCACAGUUAUCCGACAGUGGCACUUACACCUGUGUGGCAUCCAAUGUGGAGGGCAAGGCCCGCAAAAACUAUCAUCUUACUAUACAAGUCCCACCAAUCAUCUCAGGAUCAGAGUUACCAAAUGAAAUGAGCGUUCUGCUGAACGACAGCAUCCAGCUGAUGUGCCGUGCCGAAGGGACCCCAACUCCUGAGAUCCAGUGGCUGAAGGAUGGGAAGACACUUAGCAGAACUGCCCAGAGUAACAUCAAAAUCAGUCCUGACGGCAGCACACUAACUGUGACAGCACUCCAUACAUCCGACAGUGGAAAAUACACAUGUGUGGCCACCAAUCAGGCUGGAGAGGAAGACAGAAUAUUUAACUUAAAUGUCUAUGUUCCUCCUCUGAUCCAAGGGAACGGGCCUGCAGCCAAGGAACUGACCGCGGUGCUGGACAGCUCAGUAAAUAUGGAAUGUGUAGCCAUUGGUUCUCCACCUCCGCAGCUCAACUGGCUGAAGAACGGUCUGCCGUUGCCAGUGUCCUCACAGAUCCGACUGUUGUCUGCAGGCCAGGUGCUUCGCAUUGCUCGUGCACAGGUUUCGGAUGGAGGCACAUAUACUUGUGUAGCCUCAAAUAGAGCUGGAGUGGACAACAAAUACUACAAUCUACAGAUGUAUGUUCCUCCUAGUUUGGACGGAGCAGGCAGCACAGAGGAAGUGACAAUCGUGAGAGGAAAUACAGCCACUUUCACCUGCAUCGCAGAUGGGACACCCAGCCCCACCAUUACAUGGCUGAGAAACGGUGCAGCGUUGCCUAAAGACUCCCACCUGUCACUCUUCAACCAAAACGCCACCUUGCGGAUUUCCCUCGCAAAAGUCAACCACACUGGACGCUACACCUGCACUGCACGUAACCAGGCUGGAGAUGCAAGCCGCCACUUCAGCCUUAAAGUACUGGACCCACCACAGAUAAACGGUUCUGGUGCACCCACUGAGGUCUCUGUGGUGGUGAAUCAUAUCUUAGAGCUGGUAUGUGAGGCCGAUGGCAUACCUGUACCUACUCUCACGUGGCUGAAGGAUGGCCGGCCACUGCCUCAGACAGACAGCAUUAGACUCCUGAGAGACGGAGAGGUGCUCAGAAUUGCUUCGGCUCAGGUGGAGAACACUGGACGAUACACCUGUUUGGCCUCCAGCCCUGCUGGAGAUGAUGAUAAAGAGUUUCUUGUCAGAGUACAUGUUCCACCCAACAUUGCUGGAGAAAGUGGUGUGCAGGACGUGUCUGUCUUGAAAAACAGACAGGUGACCCUUGAGUGUAAAUCAGAUGCAGUUCCACCUCCAGCACUCAGCUGGCUUAAAGAUGGAGCACCUCUGAAGGUGUCUCCACGUGUGCGUGUCUUAUCUAAUGGCCGAUACCUGCAGAUAAAUAAUGCAGAGCUGGGAGAUGGUGCCCAGUACACUUGUGUGGCUAGCAAUGUUGCUGGAGAAACCAGACGACACUUCAACCUUAGUGUUAAUGUUCCUCCCACAAUUAAAGAUGGUCCUCAGUCUGUGUCGGUUCAUGUUAAUAAAGAAAUUGUGCUGGAGUGUGUGGUGAAUGGAGUACCUGCUCCACGCAUCACCUGGAGGAAACAUGGGUCCAUCCUGGCAGGAAACAACCCCAGGUACAGGUUUGAUGUGGAUGGCUCUCUUCGGAUCUUUUCGGCUAAAGUGACUGAUACAGGCCGCUACAUGUGCAUGGCUACUAAUCAGGCAGGCACAGAGCGUAAAAGAGUAGAUCUGCAGGUUUAUGUGCCGCCCUCCAUCGCCGAGGGUCCCACUAACAUCACUGUGAUGGUGAAUGUCCAAACAACACUUUCCUGUGAGGCCACCGGCAUCCCCAAGCCCUCCGUCAGCUGGACCCAAAACUCUCAAGCCCUUAACACUGACCAGAACCAGAAUAUGUACAGGCUGCUUUCUUCAGGGUCUCUGGUCAUUAUAGCACCUACACUUGAUGACACAGCAUUGUACGAGUGUGUUGUAUCCAAUGAGGCAGGACAGGAGAGCAGAGCCAUUCAGCUGACUGUUCAUGUUCCGCCCUCUAUUGCUGAUGAGGCUACAGAGCUUGUUGUGAGCAGACUGUCCCCGGUGGUUCUUGGCUGUACCGCAUCUGGUGUACCUCACCCCACUUUAUACUGGAGCAAAGAUGGAUUAAGAUUGUCCAGCAAUGGAGAGGGAUAUACAAUAUUGCCAUCAGGUCCUCUCGAGAUCACCGCCGCACAACUCAGUCACUCAGGCCAUUACUCUUGUAUGGCCAAAAAUGCUGCUGGCACCGCCCACCGACACGUUCAGCUAACAGUACACGAUCCACCAGCGAUACAAUCACACCCCUCAACACUGGAUGUAAUCCUGAACAACCAUGUGACUCUGCCCUGCAGAGCGACAGGCUCCCCUCGCCCAACAAUCACUUGGCAGAAAGAGGGCAUCAACAUCUUUACCACAGGAGGAGGUUUAACGGUGCUUCCCAAUGGUGGUCUACAGAUCUCCAAAGCUAAAGUGGAAGAUUCAGGAACCUACAUGUGUGUGGCUCAGAAUCCAGCAGGCACUGCACUUGGAAAAACCAAACUGAGAGUGCAAGUGCCGCCUGUUAUCACAUCUUACAUCAAAGCCUAUACUGUAGCACUAGAUGGAUCUGUGACUCUGCAGUGCAACUCAGAGGGUUUCCCCACGCCCUCUAUCACCUGGUAUAAGGACGGGCAGCCGUUGAGUGAGUCGGUGCGACAGCGGGUUUUGAGCACAGGGGCGCUGCAGAUCGCCUUCGCUCAGCCUGGAGACACGGGCAGAUAUACCUGCACCGCUGCUAAUGUGGCUGGAAGCAUCAGUCUGGAGAUGAGCCUCACUGUACAAAUCCCUCCGUCCAUACGCAGUGGAGAGUCAGAAUUGACUGUGGUGGAGAACACUCAAGCUCUGCUGACCUGUUUGGCAGAGGGUGUCCCUCAGCCUACCAUCAGUUGGGAGAAAGAUGACAUACCACUCACGGACACUACAGGAGAAUACACAAUCCUGCCUACAGGAGAGCUUCUCAUAGACGCUGCACAGCCUGAGGAUUCUGGGAGUUACACAUGUGUCGGCACCAACUCAGUAGGGCAGGACAGUCGUACCAUUAGUCUGUCUGUUCAUACACAUCCAGUCUUCACUGAGCUCCUGGGAGAUGUGGCGCUCAACAAAGGAGAGCGUCUCAUGUUGACCUGCGGGGUUCUUGGCAUCCCUUCUCCAAAGAUCACAUGGGCAUUCAACAACAAUAUCAUCCCUGUCCAGUAUGAUCCUGGUAAUGGCUACAGUGAGCUGGUGAUUGAGCGUGUGAAUAAAGAUGAUUCGGGCACUUAUUCCUGUGUUGCUGAGAACAACGUAGGAUCCAUCAAAUCUCUGGGAUUUGUCUAUGUUAAAGAACCACCCAUAAUAGAUGGAGAUGUUCAUUCAAACCGCAUUGAGCCUCUGGGAGGGAACGCCAUACUUAACUGUGAGGUGCGAGGUGACCCUCUGCCCACCAUCCGCUGGAGCAAAAAGGGCAUUAGCGUGCAGAUCACCAACCGUAUACGACAGCUUGACAAUGGAUCUCUAGCCAUCUACGGCACAGUGAGUGAAGAUGCUGGAAAUUACAUGUGCGUGGCCACAAAUGACGCAGGUGUGGUCGAAAGAACAGUCACAUUGACUUUACAAAGUUCUCCAACCAUCACUGUAGAACCAGUGGAGACAGUAGUAGAUGCAGGUUUCACAGUGAUGCUUAACUGCCAGGCAGAGGGGGAGCCCAUUCCUGUUAUCGAGUGGUCCCGUCAGGGCCGUCCCCUGCUGGGUAACGAGCGCAUCACCAUCCUAAAUAAUGGUUCUCUGCGGAUCAGUAGCGCUCAGAAAGAGGACACAUCGGAGUAUGAGUGUGUAGCCCGAAAUCUGUUGGGUUCUGUGCUGGUGCGUGUGUCCCUUACAGUGCGCGUGCAUGGAGGUUACUCUGAAUGGAUGGAGUGGGGAGCCUGCAGUGUUUCCUGUGGCACAGGAGUUCAGAGGAGACUGAGACAAUGCAAUAACCCACUUCCUGCUAAUGGGGGGCGCCACUGCACUGGGGGAGCAGCAGAAUCACGCAGCUGUAAAGGCAAACCUUGCCCAGUGGAUGGUAAUUGGUCAGAAUGGUCUCCCUGGGAAGAAUGCUCUCGUACCUGUGGUCAAGGUAACAGGACUAGAGUGCGCACCUGUAGUAACCCUCAUGCCCAACACGGGGGCAGAGCCUGUGAGGGCAAAGCAGUGGAGGCCAUCAUGUGUAAUAUAAAGCCGUGCCCAGUGGCUGGAAACUGGGGUACCUGGUUGCCAUGGAGCCCUUGUAGCGAAACGUGUGGCAAAGGAAUGCAGACAAGAUUUCGACUGUGCAACAACCCUCCGCCUUCAUUUGAAGGACCAUCCUGUGAAGGACUAGACAGUCAGACACAAAUGUGCAAUGAGAGGAACUGUCCUGUGGAUGGAAAGUGGUCAUCAUGGGUAAGCUGGGGGGCAUGUAGCGUUUCUUGCGGAGGUGGUUCCAGACAAAGGACGCGUAUGUGUGCCAACCCCGCCCCCCAACAUGGGGGACGGCAAUGUGAGGGAAAUGGCAUACACAUUGAUUUCUGCAACAAUGAACCCUGUCCCAUACAUGGUAACUGGGGUCCAUGGAACAGCUGGGGGAGCUGUAGCAGGACCUGUAACGGCGGUCAGAUGCGUCGCUACAGAACAUGUGACAAUCCAAGACCGGCAAACGGAGGCAGAGCGUGUACUGGAUCAGACGCACAAAUCCAAAAGUGCAACACGGCUAGCUGCCCUGUUGACGGUAAGUGGGGUUCAUGGGAGUCAUGGAGUGAAUGUUCAGCAUCCUGUGGAAGUGGAGAACGGACACGUGUCAGACUCUGUAACAAUCCGUCACCUAUCAACAACGGUCGCCCCUGUCCAGGAGACUCCACCCAGUUAUCCAGAUGUAACAUACAGCCAUGUCCAGGUGGCCCUCAGACAGCCAGAGGAAGUAUCAUUGGGAAUAUCAAUGACAUGGAGUUCGGCAUCGCCAUCCUCAACGCCACCAUCUCUAGCAGUUCCACUGGAGGGAGAACUAUACAAGCCACCAUCACUAAUAUUCCUAGGAGUCUGGGUCCUGCUAUGAGGAAGUUGAUCUCCAUCCUUAACCCCAUCUACUGGACUACAGCGCAGGAGCUGGGUGAGGCUGUCAAUGGCUUCACUCUCACAGAUGGUGUCUUCAGACGAGAGACUCAGGUGGAGUUUGCCACAGGUGAGAUUCUCAGAAUGACCCAUGUGGCGCGAGGACUGGACACGGAUGGAGCUCUUCUGCUGGACAUUGUAGUAAACGGACACAUCCUGCAGCUGCCCCCCAAUGCAGACAUCAGCCUCAAGGACUACACAGAAGACUACAUCCAGACUGGUGCUGGACAGCUGUAUGCUCUAUCCACACGUAUGUUCAGUAUAGACAGGGUGAGUGUGCCUUACUCCUGGAACCACACCAUCACCUAUAGCCCCUCCAGAGGUAAAAUGCCCUACCUGGUGGAGACUCUUCACGCCUCAGCCAUUAGCGCUCUGUACCACCCCCUAGAGGAGAGACUGGAGUUUUCCAUCCAUGCCACCAUUACUAAAGGAGAGCGCAGUAAUCAGUGUCCCAGUGGUUUUCAACUGGACCCAGCAGGUCCAUACUGUGCAGAUGAAAAUGAGUGUGAGGAGGGAAAUCCCUGCUCGCACACCUGCCACAAUGCUAUAGGCACAUACUACUGUUCCUGUCCCAGAGGACUCACCAUAUCGGCCGACGGCAAGACGUGCCAGGAUAUCGAUGAGUGUUCACUGGGUGGGCACAUGUGUCAUGAAGGACAAGAUUGUGAGAACACCAUUGGCUCAUAUCGCUGUGUAAUGCGUUGUGGGCGGGGCUUCAGGAGGACAGCAGAUGGGCUAAGCUGCACAGAUGUAAAUGAGUGUCAAGAAUCCAACCCUUGCCAUCAACACUGUCUAAACACCAUUGGUAGCUUCCGCUGUGCUUGUGAGCCCGGCUACCAGCUCAGGAAUCGACGCUGCUUUGACAUAAAUGAAUGCAGACAGAGAGUGUGUCGCUCAGAUCAGCAGUGUAAAAACACACGUGGUGGAUACACUUGCAUUGACCUCUGCCCUGCUGGCAUGACCAAAGGAGACAAUGGCACAUGCAUAGACAUUGAUGAGUGUCAAGAUGGCACACACCUGUGCAGAUAUAAUCAAAUCUGUGAGAACACCAGAGGAAGUUACCAUUGCACCUGCCCCAGAGGAUAUCGUUCUCAGGGCGUGGGUCGCCCCUGCCUUGACAUAAACGAGUGUGAGCUGGUACCAGUGCCCUGUGCCUUUCGGUGCGUGAACAGCCCCGGCAGCUACAAGUGUCUUUGCCCUCCGGGGCUCCAACUGCUGGGUGAUGGAAAGUCCUGUGCCGGACUGGAGCGCUUGCCCGGCUAUGAGAGUUUCUCAUUUGGGUACAGAACCUCCCAGUCGUCCCGUGAUCGGAGCUCCUACCAGCAACGCUACCAUAGCCUGGCCUCCCAGAGCUACAAUUCUUAUGUCCCUAUCGGGGAGCAUUACGCAGCCAGCAGACCACAUAGUAACCUCUCACGCGGCCGUAGGGAUGCUAAUAUCUGCCCCUAUGGAUUCAGGGCAAUAAAUGGCCGGUGUUUAGAUAUAAACGAGUGUGAGCAAAGGGAUACGUGUCAACAUGAGUGUAUGAACACACCAGGCAGCCAUAGGUGCUUGUGUCCCAGUGGUUAUCGCCUUAUGGCCAAUGGAAAAACCUGCCAAGAUGUAGAUGAAUGCUUGGAGCAGAAUAUUCAGUGUGGUGCCAACCGAAUGUGUUUCAACAUGAGAGGAAGUUACCAGUGCAUCGACACACCUUGCCCUCCCAACUUCCAGAGAGAUCCAACCACAGGGUUCUGCUUGAAGAAUUGUCCUCCCAAUGAUCUGGAGUGUACCCUGAGUCCCUAUGCACUGGAGUACAAGCUGCUGUCCCUGCCUUUUGGCAUCGCCGCAAAUCAGGACCUCAUCCGGCUGGUCGCCUACACCCAGGAUGGAGUCGUCCACCCCCGCACCUCCUUCUUAGUGGUCGACGAGGACACAUCCCUGCCCUUCGCCCUGCGGGACGAGAACCUCAAAGGCGUUCUGUUCACCACCCGGCCGCUGCGUGAACCUCACACGUACCGCGUGAAGGUGCGAGCGCUUUCCUACAGCGCCGACGGAGGAAUCGAGUACCAGACCACCUUCAUCGUCUACAUCGCCGUCUCAGCCUAUCCCUACUGAGAGCACUUUAUUACAUCUAGCUCAUGUUUGAGAACUUUGCAGGUUUUGUACAUGCAUGACUGAGGAGCGUGUGUCUUUGUGUGUGUGUAUAUGCAGGAGUGUGUAGCAUCAGAUCCGCCACUUGAAGAGAUACUCACAGCUCACGUUGACGUGUAAGGUCAUAGGAUGGGUUGCAGGGUCCUGUAGAAAGACAGUGCCGCUCUUUGGGGUUCACUGGAGAGCUAAAUAAAUACAGGAUUUUUCUUUGGCUGCAGGAAUCCUGUUUCAGAUUGUACGGUAAGCUUUACAGAACUGUGGGUGGUGUAGGAAUAUGCAAAUACAGGAAUUUGCAUAUACUUCUGCCUAUUAACUUAUUGGAAAUUUCUUGAAUAUACGAAAAGAUCAAUUUCAUCUGAUUGGUUGCUGAUUUGAUUCAUGUGUUAACAAAAGUUUGGGGUUGAGCCACAAAAACCUUCAGUAAAAAUACAAGAAAAGUCCACCUCAGGUAAGCACUACCUUUAGACGAGAGUAUUGUCAAUCAUUCAAAAUGAACAAAACAUAAUAGCGAUGCUCUCAUUAUCAUUACAGGUUCAUACAUGUUUGGAGUAUUUUUUUGUAACUUUAUUUCAUAAUCAAGGUGUAUUCUAUUUUCAUGAUAUGUAUAUAAGUAUUUUGGGUUUUUUAUUUGCAAUACUUUGUAAUAUUCCCUUUUUUAAAAAAUCAAUAAAAAUUUACAAUCCAUUCAUUACAGCACAUUCAUUUUA